AGCCUUUUUGUGUAAUCGGUGGGUGUGACUGAGUCAUGUUCUCUCUCUCUCCCCCCUCCCUUCCUUUCUUAACUUCCCUUUUCCGUUUUCACUGGGCCAGGUGCCGACAGCAGGACUGUGGUGUGCCCCUUUCCCUGCAGGGAUGAGGGGGGAUGCAGCAGGGAAGGAAGAAAGGGUUUCUGGGUCUAUGGGAAUCUGAGCUCUAGCUUUCCAACUCUGUAAACAGCUGGUGACUCACUACAUAGCUAUGGCACCAACUGACAGCUAGGCCUGAGGCUCUGUGUGUGUGUGCGCGCGUGUGUGCACGCGAAGGGAGAGGGGUGCAGUGUGUUUCCUUUAUACACGGGCAACUCGCUGCUCCUUUUCCUCAGUGGGACCGUUUGGACAGGGCUAGGAGCCCUUUCUUCUUCCAGUCUGUGCUUAUGAUGUGUGUUUGUGCCUCUGACUUGAGCAGGAGCAUGCUUGUGCUAGGCGUAGUUAGUGAAUACCAAGUGUGACUGGGAAGUGAGGGAGAGGAGAACUGCAAAGGGGGAGAAGUGAGUCUGGACAGAUGUGUCUGUGUGUGUCUCAGGCUUCUUAGUUGUGCUGCAAGUUUUGUAUUUGUAUUUGUUUUGUAUUUCACAUAGAAGAGAGGUCAGACUCCAGCUCCACACCCAUCCCUUUUUCCCCUCAGUAAGUGGUGAAGUGCCCUCCCAGGUGGGUUUGUGCUACUCAGACUGUGAUGAAUAAUGACCAUUUGUCCAUGGCAUUUUUAGUGGGCUUAGCUGAGUCUGCUCCUUCUGCUGGGGAGGAGGUGAGGGUAGCUGGCACUGCUGUGAGGAUGAGGUGUAAUACGACACAAUGCACCACCCUGUGUGGUGCUGCACAAAAGACACUGCGUACCAGUCGCUUUAAGUGGCCCAUUCAUCAUGAAGCAUCUCUCUCUGGUCUGGCUCGUGUACUGCGUGAUAGGAGGCAGUCGGGUGGGGGCGAGACAUGCAGAUGGAGAGAUGGAAAGCUACUAUCUCUGUCUCAGGCUGACAAAGAGAUGAGGUGCUUUAUUGAGGACGUUCUGCAAUCCAGGGAAAUGCCUUUUCUUUGUGAUUCUGUUCUCUUUGUCUUUCCUGUACCUCAGUUAUGUGCAUGUCACAUGAUGAAGUAUCUUGACUGGUACAAUUCAAGCAAAAACAGCCUGAACUGAGCCAGCCUCCUUUACCCACACAACUACUUGUCACCCCCUGCAUCCCACUUUCAUAUGCCUUUGGACCUCCCACCUCCAGGGUUGUAUGCAGAUAUGAAUGAGUUUGUUUACUCUCUGACGACCUCAUGAUGUCUUUGCACAGACAUGACCUGAAGUCAUUAUUGCUUUUGGGCUUCUCUGUUUCCAUGGUUACUGGCUCAGGGUUGGCUACUUUCCCAAGGUCACCAUGGCAACUAUCAGAAGGGAAUUAUGCUUGGGAUGCUUUGGCUGUAUUUUUCAUGAAUGAUUAGAAUGUGUGACACGAUGCAGACGUGGAAAUGGGAUGGGGAGGGGGACAGAACUCCCGCCAGACAGUCUGUGUGUUCUGUCACCCAGCACCACUGCAGCCUUUGAAAUAUACUACAGCCACUCCUUGGGAGCAACAGACUCUCUGUCAGAGCUGGAGCCCUCGCACCCUCCCCAGCUUGUGUAGCCAAGAUGCUGGGGAAAGUAUAGGCAGAUGCUGUGAUGUCACAGCUGCAGUGCCCUCUUCUGUGGUAGGUACAUCACGAACAAUCACUCUGGCAAUGUCAUCUCUCCAACUUGGUGGGUGUGAAGGUUCUGGAACACGGUCCCCCUGGACGGAUUCUCUAAAGUGCUGAUUGAAGGGGAGAAGUUAGCAGCGAAGUUGCAAUUUCUGACCAGUUCUGUCCAGGAGACUGUGCCCAGGUUAUGACGACUAAUCCCAAACCGAACAAGGCAUUAAAGGUAAAGGAGGAGUCGGGAGAGAACGCCCCAGUGCUGAGUGACGAUGAACUCGUGUCAAUGUCCGUCCGGGAGCUGAACCAGCACCUGAGAGGCCUCACGAAAGAAGAGGUCAUCCGUCUGAAGCAGCGGAGGCGCACGCUCAAGAACCGGGGCUAUGCUGCCAGCUGCCGCAUCAAACGUGUGACACAGAAGGAGGAGCUGGAGAGGCAGCGGGUUGAGCUACAGCAAGAGGUGGAGAAGCUGGCCCGAGAGAACAGCAGCAUGAAGCUAGAGCUGGAUGCCCUGCGCUCCAAGUACGAGGCAUUGCAGACCUUUGCUCGUACCGUUGCACGGGGGCCUAUUACCCCGACCAAAGUUGCCACCACUAGUGUCAUCACCAUUGUGAAAUCAGCUGAAAUCUCAUCCAGUUCUGUGCCAUUUUCAGCAGCAUCCUAGUGCCCUAGAUGGGGGAACUAGCAGCCUUUCGGGAUGGGGAAAGGGCUCUUAUGCACCGUUCCAGAGUCCUUGGUCACUUCAAGAAUUGGCAUUUUAACAAUUCCUUCUCUUUCAAAAGUGGAAAAAAAAAUCUACAAAGGGAACGUAACUGGCUGCUCCUCUGUGAACUUAGUGGUUCCAUGAAGCUCUUGUGGCUGGGAUUUGAGCUCUGUACCUAGUAUGAGCUUUCUCUUCCUCCUCCCCCUUCCUUCCCAACCCCCUUUAGGCUGUGGGCAGCUUCCCAAUUGGGAGAAGAUACCGGAGGAGCCUUCGGAGCCUUCGUGAAUAAAGUUCAAGAGCCAGGUAACAGAUGGACUGUCAAAAUCAUUUGAGAUGAAUGUAUAGAGAAGAGUUUCCUUCAGCGGCAUCCAACUCCCAUUAAGAAGUUACCUCACCCCACCACCACGUUCAUCUGUCAUAGCAAUGGCAGAGAAAUAAACUCUGAAGCAGAGUCCAUUCCGCCAUGCACUGGGGGGAGGAGAGGGUGAGGGAAUUUGUUUGGGUCAGACCACACCAGUUAGGAAAAACCUUCCUGUCUUCAGCCCAUACUGGUUACCAGUUUACAUGUUUUAAUACACCCCAUACCUGUGUGGCCUAUAAAGCUAAAUUGCAGCCUCCCUUAUACAAAGCCAAGUCUACCAAGAGCUCCUUCCCCAAGAUGUGCCUGUAAAUUGGGUAUAUUUAUGCAGUUUAUUUCUUCCAGAUGAUCCACAGGUUUGUAAUAGUGGCUUAUUCAGGGUUCCUUGAAGCUCAAGGGAGGAAGGCACAGUACAAUUUAAGAAGGGAGGUAUGUUGCAGGGCAUAGAGAGAAAUACUAGAAGUAUUACUGGACUGAGGCAGAAUUGGUUGCCAUGGUGGGAAGUUGUUCUUCUGGAAAUCAGCACUGUGAAAAGGUGUUUCUGUAGAGCAUGCUAGAAAGAUGUGUUAAAAGCACUGAACUAACAAGAGGGCCGAUAGUGUAUGUGCAAGAAGAUCAAAGCCAGCAGAAGCUCCUGGAUGACAGAGGUAGUGGUGGUUAAAGCCUUUGCCUGUUAGAACAGUGGCCAUCCCAACCUCAGGGGCCAUGUACUCUGGUUUUUGCCAACAAGAGAUAGAGUAUGGGAUGCUGGGUGGAAGCUGAAAAGGGGAAGAAAGAUUCUUAACCCAAUCUCAGUCAUUAAAGCUGGGUUCCAAAGAGUAGAAAAACCUAUAGUGUUUUGUGUUGAGGGGUUUGAGAGAGCCUGUCUGACAACAACUCUGAAAUUCAACAUUUCUUGGAGGGUGUGAAUUAUCCCAAGAGAUGCAUGGAGGGCCGGACUGGAAUCGAUGGCUUUUGGGGGACGGUAAAAUUGGGGUCGAUAAGUAGGGCUUACGGUUGUGAAGGAUAGUUGGGAAGAGGUAAUCGUGGCUCAGCAAUGGGCAGGAAAAGGGAAGCCAAAGGGAGAAGAGUCUAUUCUUUAACAGGACUGAAAAAGACAUUCUAAGGUUCCAGGUCUGAGUUCAUGUUUGUGUGUUUGAAGUAGGAAAGAAAAGGGAUUGCCUGGUGUUCCAGAGUAGGUCAAAGAUUUGUGGGCUGUCAGAUGCUUGUUGUAAAGCAGGUGAGAAGAGGUUGAGACUCCGGAAGUUUAAGAUGACUGGAGGAGAUGGCUAAUGGUCAUAUUCAGAAGAGUUUGGUAGACUAGUGUUCCAGAGUAAGGUACAAAGGAGGAAAUGGAGAAGAAUGACUGACUAGUGGUCUAGUUUAACUGAAAAGGAUAAAGGAAGAUGCUCCUAUCAUUGAAGAGGACAGAAAAUUAGCUCCUAGGCCAGCGUAGGAUAUUGUUUGGAAAUUAUCUUGUGUCUUGAAUUGCAAGAAGAAUGCACAAGUUGAGUGAAGCCCUGUCUUUCUUCUAAAGACAAACACAAGUUGUUGGGGCACUUUUACCCAGUCACUGGAGUCUCUGGGUUUCCCAAGAAGGUACUUAAGUCAAGUAGGUGGAAAGGCAGAACCUGGUUCUCAUUCAGUCCUAAACCUCUACACUGAUGACUUUACUGAGCCAUAGGAUGUGUGAGAGUAAUGCUUCCUUGAUGGCUUUUACCCCACCAAAUUCAUCUCCUCCUGGAGGAGGCAAACAGAAAGUUACCAACAAAUAUAGUUCGGAUGGUAUUUAGCUCCACUUCACCACCACUUCCUUACCAUCUCCUAACAGGCAGAUUGAUGUCCUGCGUAUCAGUACCAGUUAUUGGCUCCCCCAGUGGAAGCUGAGGAAGAGAAGAGAAGACCCUAAUCCCUUUUCAUGUUCUGUAACUCAAAAGUAUUUGGAAAUCUUCCCAGAUCUGUAAGGUGCCACCAUUAACACAGGCAAUGUCUAGAUUCCUAGCACUGUUGGGACUUUAAAAGAGAAACAGAAAAAUAUCCAGUGGACUUGGAAAUGACCGCAUGUUCCCCAUUUCUAAAAUAGCUCCAUGAAAGUCUUGACAUUCCUGAACAGAUAAGACCACCCCCUCCACCCGGGGAAUCGUUCACUGCACCAAGGAAAUUGGAUCAACUAGACAGGAAUGUAUUGGGGAAUUUAAAUGUAAUUCUGUGGGGUUCAGUUGCUGUUGGAAUGAGAUGAAGACACGAUCUGAGUUCUUCACUAGUACUUCCAUUGUGGCUGAGCGUUUUCCAGUUCUCAGAAGUGUGCCAAAGGCUUGUCCAAGUGAUUGCUGGCUUAGUUCUAGUAGGCACGUAGUCUGAUCACUCAAUCAAGAAUGAGGCCUGGGUGUUAUUAAAGCUGUUGAUACCAUAACCAUGGUAGGUAAUCCAUAUUGGAUAUCCAUAAGGACCACGUGGAAAUAUUUAAAAAGAGAAAUAUAUAUAUAUAUAUAUAUAUAAAUAUAUUAUAUACAUUUUAUCAUACAGAUUUUUCGUAAUUUUUUUUUCCUAGUUUGAUACUGUAAAUCUUUACUAAAAGAAAUUGCCAGUCCAGGGCUCCUUGAGUGGUGAUUUGGGGGGAAAGGAGGUGUGCUGGCUAACUUCAACCGGUGAGUCAGAAUUGCAAGGUAAAACAGAGGGAGGAACAAUCUGAAAGCUGCUCACCACAUUGGAGAGACAACUCCCUCUCCCUUCUUCCUCUGGGGUUUGUUUCUGUUCCAUCCUGCACUUGCAAAUCUGAUGCCCAGGGCAAAAGCCACAUGAGGGGAAUUGGGCCACUGCUUGCAGAAUCACUGGGGGAGCCCUGUUGAAAAGGAGUGCUUCUCUCUCUUCCAACCCUCCUUCCACUCCCUCUUGUCUCUCCUUAUACAGUAACUAGGGUUCCUUUCUCUCCCCUUAUCUUGUCACACCACCCUGAGAGGGAAGCAAUGAGUCUUAAUUUCAUGAGGAUUAGGCUCCACUUCUGAACCCCAGGCCCAGCAUUUUCCUCUGAUACCCACCCUGUGCAUAGGAACCACAGUAUGAAGGUGGGGACAUGAGAAGCAACCAGCGGCAUGUCCCCUGACCCACAAUUGAGGCGUUGUGGGAUGUUUACAUGGGGCAAUAACGGGCUUCUCUGUGCUCUUGUAUGUGCAUUUGCUGUGCUCCUGACUGGGAAUAGUUUCCCACUAGGGAGGCUCCAGAGCCCUUUGAAGCAAGUUAGCGUCUCUGACCUUGCCCAGCUAUAUCUUCUGUCUGAGGAAACAACAUAUAACGAGCAAAAGGUUUGCGUGUUUUGUAAUGCCACAUCUCUCUGGGACAAGCGAGGGAAGGCAGCAAGCAAAAUUAAUAAUGGGUGGGAGGGGAGAGUGAGUGGCAAGUUUUUAUGUAUUGCUGGGAUAGUGGGGCAUUCAAGCUACUGUGCAACUCAAACCCCAAGGAGGAGGCGGCAUUUUUUCUUUCUCAGAUCAUUUAAUCUUUGUCAUGAUUGUUUUCAUUUAAAGAAAAAAAACUUUCGUAAUGUGGGUUUGUUUUCCUUUGUCAUCUGUAUUUCAGUCUGCUGGGGUGUUUCCGUAGAUGGUGGAUCUUUUGCUAUCUUUUUUUUUAAUGGUAGAUCUUCUGUUAAGUUUUUAUCACCAACUCAUGCUAUCCUCUUUGGUUAUUCAGUAAUUUCAUUUCAAUAUUUAUUUUUGUGCUGCUUUUUUAUUAUAAAAUAAAUUAUUGAUAUACCGAGUAAUGUGGAUUCCUGUUUGUAAGGCGUAUAGCCCUGUGUAUGUGUCCAUCACUUUCUCUUGACAGCCACAACGUAAUUUAUUGCUGUAAAUUUAGCUGCAGUGACUGGUUUUUUUGUACCUUUCCAAUAAAGCAUUUUCUGGUUUCAGAGUUG